UCCAUCCACAGCAAGAGAAGGAAGCAAGCAGCGACACAGCGAGCGAAACCCGUGUCUCGAAGCAACCUGGUGCCUAGCUUGCCAGUUGCCACUCGACCUCUCCGCUCCACCGCCCCGUGCACAACUCCAACGGCAGCCACGGUGAUGGCCUCCCUCGCCUUCGCCACCGCCGGCGCGCGUGCCGGCGUCCUCCCCGUCCGCGUCCCGGCGGCCGCCGCGCUCGCGCCGCGCCGACGCGCCCUGGUCGUCAGAGCCCAGGCCGAGGAUGCUAAGCCAACAACGGAGGAGACAACCGCGGCGUCCUCGGCCUCGCCUUCUCCGGCGCCCUCCACUCCCCUGACGGCGAAGCCCAAGGCGGCGAGCCCCGGGCUGUGGGACGCGCUGGCGUUCAGCGGCCCGGCCCCCGAGCGCAUCAACGGGCGGCUCGCCAUGGUGGGUUUCGUGUCCGCGCUCGCCGUCGAGGCGUCCCGCGGCGGGGGCCUCCUCUCGCAGGCCGGCAGCGGGUCCGGGCUGGCCUGGUUCGCGGCCACGGCCGCCGUGCUCUCCGUGGCGUCCCUAGUGCCGGUCCUCAGGGGGGAGAGCGCCGAGUCCCGCAGCGGCGGCGUCAUGAGCGCCGACGCCGAGCUCUGGAACGGCCGCUUCGCCAUGCUCGGGCUCGUGGCGCUCGCCGUCACCGAGUACAUCUCCGGCGCGCCCUUCAUCAACGCGUAGGUGCCAACGGUCUUGCGUGGAGUUGGACCCCGUGUGGUGUAACAUAUUCUCAUAUAUUUAUUUAUGUAAGAGAAUUUAUUUGCAACCGAUGGUAGUAGUAGUUGGAGAUGGGCUAUUCUAUAUUUA